AAAUGGAAAACGAUUAAAUAAUAAUGGCUGAUAAAAUUGUCAAAGCCUUUGAAGCUCUAAGAAGUCACUAUCUUCAAGAAUCUACUCAGGCUCUUGGCCAUCAGCCAUCAUCAAGUGAUGUCGCAGAAAGCCCAGGGGCAUUGUCCAGAAAGAAAGAUGCAUCCUUAUCUAAGAGAGAAAGAAUUAAUUUCUGUAAUGUCAUUGCAGACUUUCUCCCAAUGCAGACUGUCAAAGAUAUAAAUGAAUUUCCACAAUUAUUAACAUUGGCAAUGGAGCUUUUACUUGUGUGUUGUGACGAUGGUGAGGGUGAUGUUCGUUUAGUUGCAGGAGAAUGCAUUAAUAGGAUUAUGAAGGCAUUUCUUGAUUCUAACAUUGGACGGGUUCAAGUUGAAUUGUACAAAGAGAUAAAAAAGAAUGGAUCACCACGAUCAUUGCGUGCAGCCUUACAAAGAUUUGGUGAUACCUGUCACUUAAUACGAGCUCAUAAAUGCAGACCUUAUGUUGCCAACUUGCUGCCCUGUAUCGUUAAAAUAGCUAAACGAAAUGAUGACUCGGUUCAAGAGGUUUUGGCCACCAUGAUGUUGAAACUGUGUCCUGUUCUUGGUAACUUUAUGACUGAAUUAGAUAUUAAGAUUUUACUGAAAACAUUUCUUCCUAAUUUAAAAUCAUUGUCUGCUACCACAAGAAGAACUGCAGCAUCUAUUCUGAAUUCUAUUUGUCAAAAUUCUCGAAAAGCAGUCCAUUUUUACAGCUGGUUGAUCAGUAUGCUUCUUGGAAUGAUUACACCUCUCACAGAUGACCUUCCAUCUCACACAAUACUCGGUGUUUUGCUCUGUUUUCGUAACAUUGUGCCACACCUGUCAGAUGUUGAUAACACACAUCAUACCAUGAAGGGUAGUUUUGGUGUUAAAAAAUCUCCUUUCAAGCUAAUUGACUCAAAAGAUAGAAUUCUAGAAAAGAAACAAUUUUUACAGAUUUAUGAAGUUACUAUGUUUUGUACAAAGCAUGUUGAUCACAAUGUUGUCACUGCAGCUCUUGAAAAUUUAUACCAAGUACUGUUAUGUCAAGCAAAACCACUUCUGGAAAUUCUUUUGUCUCCUUCUGGAAUUGCUCCGACCAUUACUGGCCAACUUGCUACACUAACUGGUGAGAGAAAAAACUCUUCUGAACCUACUGAAUUUGGUGAUUCAGGAAUUCCGCCUGAUUUACAAAGCAUAUCUUCCAUGUCAGUCAGUUCGGAUAUGCUGUCAGAAAAGGUAGAAAGCAUGGAAACAUCUUCUAUUUCUGAAUUUGCUCUUGGUGAGAGUGGCCAAUCUCUUGACAGUGCACUCUAUGCUGCAAUGCCUGAAAUACCAGCUUUAAAGGUAUCACAGUAUGAAGCAAAGUCAACAGACGAAGGAACUGCUGGAGAACCAGAUAGGGUUAAUAACAAUGAAAAUGUUGGUGACAAUGGAGAAGAAGAAGAAGAUGAUGGAUUACAACUACCACGUACAUACACCCAAGGAAGCAUGGUAAACAUAGAAAGUGAACCAGUCAGUUUUCAUCGAGACCAUUUGGGAAGUACUGUAAGUGAUAUUCCAGACAAUGUUAGCCAAUCAAGUUUAGAUGAACUAUAUCGCUUUGAAUCAGUUUCCAGUGCUGAUAUCUGUGCUGUGAUUGAAAGACAAUUCAAUUUUGAUGCCGUGACUUGUAUCGGAGUGCCAAUUUUACAUUGUGUUCGGCUGAUGUGUUCGUUUUUGCUAAAUGGUAAACCCGGUCAACUGCUUCCUGAUUCAAAAACCAGAGUUAGUGUAAAGUCUUUAGCUUUACACUGCAUUAGCGCAGCAAUAAGGUUAUUUCCUGAGGCUUUGUUUGCCAAGGUUAUACCUGAUGACUUUAUCAUGAAUGAUGCAGAAAAUGUUAGCAGUCAGUUAGUUCGAGAUAUCAUCUUAUUUAAAGAUCAUUCUGACCCACAAAUACGAGGAGCUAUUGCUGGAAUUAUUGGUCAUUUAAUUUCUACCAUUGUUCAAGCAUCUAAUGGAGAGCUUGAUGAGUGGAAUAACCGAAUUGCUAUAAUAUAUGACACUGAAAAUCUGAGUAUUCAUAAAUUGCUUCAGAUAAUUGUGAAAAUGUUUGAAGAUGAGUCUGCAAUUGCAAUCAAACUAAGUUGCUUUGCAACAAAGAAUUUUAUUUUACCACUUUCUGAAAGUUCUUAUAAUGUUUACGCUUAUGAUUUGGCAUGGAGCAUGCUUGCGUUGGCAAAUACGUCAUACUGGUUGGUCAAGGUUGAAAUCAUGGAAGUGUUUCAAAGAAUUAAUUACAAAUUAAUGUCUUUUUUAAGACAACCAUGGAUUCUGUUUAAAGAGCUAUCAAAGCUUAAUACAAAAUUUGUUAAAUUACAAUAUGAAGUUGUUAAUAAUGUUUUGGUGAAGUUGCUGGGAGACGAAGAUGCGAGAGUUCGUUACAAUGCAGCACUUUCCUGUGUCAAAAUUAUACCUAACCUUCACUGUACGUCAACUGGCAAGGUUUAUUCUCAUAAAUGUUGUAUGCUUGAUGACGUCCAAUCAUAUCUUGAAGAUGAAACUGUGUCAUUUGGAAAGAAAUUCAAUCUUAAAAACAAAUCAAUCUUGGAAACAAAUUUAUCGUAUGUUAUCAGAUGUGUCAUGAAGCAACAGAACUGUGCCACAUCAAAGUUUAUGAAUCAUGGUUGUGUGCAAUGUUUUUUUAUGCUGUCCGAGGUUUAUCCUAUUUCCGCAUUUCCAUAUGCCUGGGAAGUUUUUCCAAGUUAUCAGUUAAAAAAGUCUCCAAAGAAUCCACGUGAUAGGUCAACAAAAUUACAACCAAUGCGUCAAUUGAAUUUUAAUCUUCUACAUAGCAGUUCUUAUGGCUUGUUGAAUGUUACAUUUAAUUUAAUAUCAACUUCAUGGAUGACAUUGGAUCUUCAAGCACACCAGGAAGGUUUAAAGCUUUGUGUGCACUUCAUCUGUGGUGCAGGUUUAAAGCAAUUACAUCAAAAAGCUGCAGAAGCAACACAAGAACAAAAAUCUGAAGUUGACACUAUUAUUGGUGAUUGUCAAUGGUCAUCACUGGAAGACGCUGAACUUAUUGUUUAUGCUAAAAAAUUGUUUGUACAUAUAACAAGAUUAUUGCAUGUUUUAACUCAUGUAAUAGAACAAACUAAUCCGUUGGCAAAUGCAGCCAAGCUUCAACUGGGAUUUCAAAACAAAGACAAAACACCAUUACCUGGCACUGUCACAGCAUCAUCUCCAUCUUCGCCACAAGGAGUGUCAUCAAUGCAAUCUACUGCACCUGCUAAUUCUCCCCGCAGAUUCACACUUGGGAAAGCCAUGCACAAAAAACAAGAUACUGACACAUAUUUAAACACGACUGGUGAAAAUACUCCCACCACUGAAACAAAAACAAUUGGGACACCAUCCACGCCUUCUUCUGGUGAAAAGAUUGAAAAGCUUGGAAUUUUUCAGCAUAUUCCACAUUUUAUGAAGCUUUAUGAAGUUGCAAAGGGUGCCUUCAAAAAUUACCAAGCUUCAUCCAUCUCAACCUCUUUAGAUAAAUUUGUUGCAUUUGUACGUGGUAUUUUAGAAUCUCUUAGUUUAUUGCUUGAGUUAGCAACAUUUAAUGAACUUGGGCCUCAUGCAGAAGAAUUUCUUGAUUACUUAAAAGCUACAGCACGUGUUGAAGAGGAGUCAACUUUUUUGGCAGUACAACAGCUUCUUAAAGGUCUAUUUGGUACAAAUGUGGCAAGCCAACCAGGUGUGUUUAGAUUAGCAGAAAGUACACGACAUUUAGUUUACACACAUGGUGAUCCUACCUUUGUAUAUGAGACAUCUUCUGAGCCAUCUGGUGUCUCUUUUGAAAGCUUUGGUAUGUAUGACAGCUGCUUCCUAAAAUCAUAUCAUGAAGUAUCUGAUUCCUUAACGUUGGUACCAGUAGUUGAUUCUCACAGUUCAACUCAUGACCGUAGUUCACGAGCACUCAGCUUUAUCAAAAACUUUAAAAAGAACAGUACAUCUCAUCAACGUCCAACUGCAAAGGUGUCAAAAGAACGGGUAUCUUCAAUUCAAUCAUAUAUACGACUAUUUGAACCACUGGUAAUUCAAGCAUUGAAAGCGUACACAACAACAAGCAGUACUCAACUUCAAUGUCAGUCUAUCCAUCUUCUUGAUCAAUUAAUCCGACUGCGUGUCAACUAUUCUUUGUUGGAUUCCGAUCAAGUGUUUAUUGGAUUUGUGUUAAAACAGUUUGAUUUCAUUGAAAAUGGACAAAUCAAUAACCCUGAGUUGUUUGUUCCAACAGUGUUUCAAUUUUUGGUCUUAUUAUCUUACGAGUGCUACCAACCAAAAUUUACACAAGCAAAAGCAAUUAUUGGAAUGCCUUGCAUAAUAAGCAAAUGUGAUGAAGUUAUGGCUUGUGGACAACCUGCAGCUACUCAUGCGAUUCCUGCAUUAAAGCCCAUUGUUCAGGAUUUGUUUGCAACACAAAGCCAGGUGCGAGCAGAUACCAGUAAAGACCUGGACACACAACGUGAAGUAGUGGUGUCGAUGCUCCUUCGAGUUAUAAACUUUCCUGAAGUAUUAGUGAUGCUGACACAAGUGUUAAAUGGUUCAAAAUCAGACAGUGAAAAAUGGAAGCGACUGUCACGACAAAUUAUUGAUAUUCUCCUUCCAAGUUUAUCAAAGCUAGAGAUUAACUUGUGCUCAAUGGAAAGUUUAAAUUCCCUUCAUCGUCUUUUUGAUGCAGUUGCACCAUUGUCGCUUCGUCCUGCUGAUAUUAUUUUGAAAGCUUUAUUUAAUAUCCACAUACCGAUUUCAGAUGUUGAAGUGGUAUUGGCCUUGUCGAUGGUAGUUUCAUUACUACGAACUCUAAUUAUGCAGAACAGCGAAGAUAUUAUAUUCUCCAGAAUACAGCAGCUUGAUAAUGCUUAUAUUCGUUUAAGUUUUUCACUUGCACCAAAAGAAGUAGAUUUUGCACUACUGACAAAGAAGACUGAACAAACUGCUGCUCAUUACCUGUCUUCAUUUUUAGUCUUUAUGUUACGAGUAUCUGUUGAAGAAUUAGUGCAAAGUCGUCAAAAAUUAAAUAGUGACAAAAAGAUAAUCUCUGUAUUAAAAAACCUCAUUGAAACAUAUUUUAUGUUACUUUCAUAUGUUGCAAAAUCAGGUGCAUUCAAAAAGUUAUCCUCCAACAUUUUAUCCAUGUUGUUCACACCUAUGGAAUCUACAACACAAAAGGAUUUAUCCCUUUUAAGGAGCGUAACAAGAAAACUUUUACUUCUAAAAUACACUGAUUCUGUUUGCUUCAUGAAGUGGUUAUUUAUGUUGCAGACAAUGGGUGUAUCUGAUGCAGAUUUCUGGAAGGAGUUCUAUUUACCAGAACAAACUUCCCAAGAGGAAAAACAUAAGUGGGUGGAUGAUUUUGUGAGCAAUGGAUCUUUGUUAUUGUAUUGUGAUAUUGUUGUUACCAAACUUAAGGAGCAAAAAAAUGUUGAUGCAUCAUUGGUUAAUUCAUUAUUUAAAAAUAAUAUUGAAAGUAUUAUUGCUAACAUCAACGAAAUACCUGUUAAAGAGUUAGUCAGCUGCAUUCUUCAGAACAAUGAUCUCACUGGGUUAUUUAUUCAAUCUUUAUCCAAUUUGCUUUCAACAAAUUCCUUUAAAUACAAGCCAUCUAUUUUAAAACCUCUAUUACACCAGUUGGAAUGUGUAGACCUUGCUCAGUCCUCUUCAGUUGUGCAGUUACUUUUCUCAUUUAUCACUCACAUAAAAACCUAUGGAUUAGCAAGGCGGGCCGAGACGCUGGCUUGUAGAAGAAUGGAAUACUUACAGUCUUUACCAGAACCAGAAAAAGAUUUACCUAUGGAUGGUAUUGUUUCUUUUUCCCAAAAGAAAUUAUACAUUAAUAGGUAUCCACGACUAUGUUCACUUAUUCAAAGGUUAUUAAAAAAUAAUGAAGCAAUACCACAACUGAUUUCACAUCCGUUAGAUUCAACAGACGUUGAUUUAUCAAAGUAUAAAGUAGACAAGGGCUGGAUGUAUACUUUUGUUAAAUCUUUGUGUCAUUCAUGUAAUCACAGUGGAAGUCAAUCAAGAAGUUCAGUUCGUUUACUCAGAUCAUUAAAUUUGCAAGAUAUACAGAAAAUUAUGGAAGAUGAGAAGUUUGAUAUUCACUUACUGGAGACUUGCAUUCUGGAAGCAAAAUCGUCUGAAAAAUAUACAUGGUCAAAAGGAAGAGCUGUUACCACGAUACAUAAUAUUGGAAUGGAGCUAUUAAGUUUGUAUGAUACUGGUGGUUCCUCUGAGAGCGAGAACAAAGAUCAACUUCUGAAGAUAACCAAGACUUUAGUUGUAAAACAUAUUAGCAACAUUGUGGAACCUUUAAAAGAUGAAAUCGUGUUUAAAUCACAAACCUACACGUAUUACAACGAACAAAAACUUUCAGCAUUAUUUCAAAAUGAUAAGAAAAUAGAAAAGUAUUUCACCCUGUUAAAAUGUGUUGUUCGUUUUCUUCGAUUAUCGUGUUGUUACAAUCAGACCUGGAAUCUGGACAUGUUUAAUGGCUAUAACAUUGUAUUCUUCGUCUUGGUGUUGCCACAACUCUGCACUCGUAAUUUACAAAAUAAAGAAGAUAGUCUUAUCCAUUUGGAAAUUUGUUUUGAAUCUCUAUCACUGCUUCUUCAUUGCCAAGAGUUAUCUAUAUGUUUAAAUGCACAACCAUACUCCUACCUACUCAUGAAAACAAUAGACUAUGUGUACGCUAUUGUCAAUCAGAUUUCCAUACGUUGUGGUGAUGUCUUAGUAAAGGUGGAAAAAUUGUGUCUGGGCUAUGAUGAGGAUCGAAAAUCUAAUAAACCCAUUUAUGAAAAAGAUAAAAGCUCAUUUAAAAGAAGUUGUGAGCAAGUUGCAGAAAUGAUAAAUGCUUUACGGACAGUACUUUCCUUGAAUAGCACUACUCAUGCAAAUCUUCCUACAUUCUUAGUCAGUCCACUAAGGAAAGUUGUAACCGGGAUGGCUAGAAUACCAUUUGUUAACUCUUAUGCCAGAAUACCUCCAAUUGUAUGGAAGUUUGGCUGGGAGCCAACUUUGGAGGGACUGCUAUAUACUGAGCUACCACCAUUACCUGUGGAUAUAUUGAAAGAAAAGGAGGUUUUGCAAGAAUUUGUUUUUAGAGUUAAUCACAUUGGGUGGACUUCAAGAAUGCAAUUCGAAGAAACGUGGGCAGCUUUGCUUGGUGUGUUAAGUUCACCACCAAUGUUGGAAGACAGUUCAGUAGAGGUAGAGGUGGAAGCAGCACAAGCUAGUUGUCUUGCAGUUCACUGCAUCACUUCCCUGUUGUUAGAUACAACAUUGGCUCCUGUACCAGGAAAUUCAUCAUUUAGCCAAUAUUCUGUUAUUCAUCGUAUGAGAGAUUAUCCGUUCCUUGGAAGCAAAGCUGGUAAAAAAUUAUCAGCUAUUCGCAGUCAGAUUGAAACUGUGUAUCAACAACCAUCAACAUGUGUUGAUAAUAUGAAGUUAAGGCCCAAUCUGUGUCCUGUUGUACCCAGUCUUCUAUCCACGCGUCAAAGAAAGCAGCAGUUACUUUAUGGAUGCAUGAUGGAAGAAAAACUUUUUGUGACAAAUCUUGAACUGCCAUGUGACUUUAAACAAUUCAAUUUCGGACAGAUAUCAGCAUCUGCUAUCCGGACACGACUUGUCACAUCAGAUGUCCAAGAAGAUACAGACAGUGAUGACAGUGAUUCAUUAAUUAUAAAAGUGAAAGAAAAGUCACCCGUAUCAGGCCAACCAAGUGAUUCGUAUCGAAAGCUUGAUGAAUUAGAUAUUAGGUCAUGUUUACAAUUUUUACUGGAACUAUUUGAACAAUGGCUGUCACCAUUUGCUGUUCCUAAAACUCCAUUGAUGUUAAAGAUGGAAGCUACUAAAUCUCUCUGCGUCCUGUCUGAUCUUCUCUUGGAGUUAAAUCACUAUGAAUGGAUGUUGGGUAUCCUACUGGAAUUUACGCAAACGCAUCCAGUUGAAGACGAUGUUUUGAUGGAGUAUCUUGUGCCAACCAUGUGUAAAGCGUCAGCAGUUCUGAAACUAGAAGGUAAUUAUGCUGAAAGAAUUUGUAAACAAGUGGAAGUUUCAUUAAAAAGUCCACAUGUGCCGUUACAGAUAUCAUGUUUAGUAGGAGCAUUGUAUAUACUUGAGUCAUACAUCAGUUCUACAAACAUCCUUCUCACGCCAAUUCUUACGGAAUACAUUACGAAAAAAUUAACCACACUCUCAGAUUCUUCGAAUUAUGCCAGUCAAAGAUUUGCAGUUAUGCUGUGGAGCGUCUCAUUUUUCUUAGUUGAAAAUUGUUCAUCCGAAAUUCAAGACCCACAUUUUGCAACACUUGUUCUCGAGACCGCCAUUUUGGAGCUGUGUAGAGCUACUCAAAGUUAUGCGCCAUGUGCCUAUGACGUAAUGUUUCGAGGUUUGGAACGCCUAGCGGUCUCAUUCUCAUUAACGAGGCCAGAAUGUGAUCGCCUGGCGAAAAUUGCAUCCGAUUGCAUAUCGUCUGGCUCAACGAAGAGAAUUGCGUCGGCUCUCGGUCUUUUAUGUACUUGUAUGUAUACAGGUAAAGAUGCUGAACAAGCCAGUGGACUCUCCACCAUUGAUCUGGUGAUUGACGCACCAAUCACAGACUCGCGUUUAGUUGUAAUGGAACGAAUCAAUUCUCUUCUUACAAGGAUUCGUAAAGGCGAACUUUCGGACGCCGUGUUAUUAGCCACCAUUCUUCCUCGAAUCCUUCUUGAUUUUCUACCAGUGCAAGAAGUUAUGAACAAAUUGAUUAGUGAAUUCUUAUCCAGUCAGCAACCCAGACCUGAAUUAAUCGCCAAGAUUUUUAACAAGGUUUCUGAUUUAUUGUACAAAGAAGGCGAAGAGAGCUUGGUACGAGAUUGGGUGUUUCUAUGCAUAGGAAGUUUCGUUCAAAGAACACCACAGUCGAUGGCCAUAUGGAGUUUGUCAUGUUUUUUCAUAAGCGCGUCGACUAAUCCUUGGCUUAAAUCAUUAUUUCCAUUCAUUGUGGAAAGAAAAGGAAAGUUAGAAGAACAAGAUCGAGAAAUAUUUUGUAUUUCAGCCUUAGAUUUUUAUUCCAAUCAGGUUAAUUUUUUUCAUAGAAUUUGGAAGCCGUUCAAAAACAACAAUUCAUGCAAACAUUUCGUGCGAGAGCAGACCAUCCCUCGUCGCCGUAUGAAAAGUUAAUCGCUUGUUGUAUGCAAUCGAAAACAUGAAAGAUGCUUCUGUAGAUGUCUACCAUUUUGAGACGUGUUUUCCUAAUCACUAUGGCAAUAAAAAACAUGUUUUUAAAAUUAACUAUGACCUAACUGGCAUAAUUUAUGCAUAAUUUAUGCAUAAUCCAUGCAUAGUUGAACAAAAGGUCAAUAUCUUAUAUAGCAAUUUUUAUUCUUUAGUUUUACUGGUUUGUGAAAAUGUUUGAGCUCUUUUUUUUACGUUGGUAAAUGUAUUAUAAGACAGGUUGUUUUGAAUGAAUCUUCUUUUCUGUCCGAAAUCUUGCUGUCCGAGAUUAAUUUGUAUUAAAAAGAAUAAACGCGUUCUUGUAGAGAACGAUGGGCUUUGCCUUUGUGAAAGAAACUUUUGCGUUUUUUUUUGUUUUUUUUUUAAUUUUCGUGAAGGUUUUUUUUUAAGUUUUAAAAUCUACAAAAAUUUGAUUCCACAAUAACUCCGAAAUAUUAUUAAGGAAGCGUCGAAGUUUCGUGUACUUGUUGGUAAACUUUUUCGCAUUAAUUUGAUUUUGUUAAAGAUUUUCCUAAUUUUUUGUAUGAAACUAUCCAAAUCGACAUAAAAUAAGAACAUAUUGUUAA